AUGGCAUAUACGUUCUCAUGGCAACAUCUUCACUCGCAAUAUCUUCCCUGGAAACAUCUUCUCUGCUCUGCAUGCGGAGCUACUAUUAAAGCUUUCGGAAGAGAUAUCACCUCGGAAGACCCCAAAUGGAGCGAGAGAUCGCUUAUACCGAGUCAGUCAGUUGGCCCUGGCCCUGUAUUAUUCCUGUUUGUCUACACGGUGAAGAAAGAUGUUCAUGGUCUGGAUCUGGUAGCUAUGAUAAACCAUCGCUCGAAAGAUGAAGAAUAUGACGACGAUUAUGAUGGUGACGACCCUCUACAGCAGCGGCAAAGAUUUCGACUCUCUGGAAUCGCUCAGAUUGGCGAUUGGGAGAAUCAAGGUUUCGUCGUGCCCUGGGACCGAAAUGCGGCUGUGGUAGGAGGGCCUAAAAGACAGAAGAGGAUUGCGACUGUUCAACCUGUUACUUUACCUGAGCUGCUGGAUGAAACCGACAAUGGCAGCAAGUUGACUGGCGUUCCGCUUAACUCGCGCUGCUGGACGCUGAUCCAGCGCGUCGUCGGCUCAGAAGAGGCAGAACAGCAUCUGAAAUGCCUUCUCCGGGUCCUUCAACUGCGGCAGCUCGACGACCCGUUACUUGGGGGAACUACGCGUGUGCAGCGUGCAUCACUGGCCAGUGCUAUUGUCGCUAGUAUUGUUGCCGGUUCAGAAGCUGGCCUGACGAAUCGAUCUCCUACCUCAACGACCUGA